AUGGACCAAACCAUUUACGAUUAUCCUGAUGGUGACAUCAAAUUUCUGGUGGAAGGCAGAAUAUUCUGUGUCCAUAAAAGAAUUUUAUCAUCUGCAUCAGAUGUCUUCAAAGACAUGUUCGACCACGCAACUUCUGAAAAGGACGAAGCGGUUUCUACUGUUCCUCUAUCACAAGAAUCCGCUCAAUCCUUUGAAUGGCUUCUUUCUAUCAUUUACCAUGGCAGCAGUUUUAUCGUGGACAGCAAUAAUGUGUCGGAAAUUAUCCGUAUCUCUGAUAAAUUCAUGGUUGAAAGAGCGAUUGAAAAAUCGUUGUUUUUUCUCGACGACAACUUCCGUACCGACCCCCUGAACUCCCUUUUGGUAGCUGAAAAAUAUAAAAGAAAACCCUUAUUCAAGGUUUCAUCAAAAUUGGUUCUUGACGACUAUUACGCGUAUAAAAAGGAUCCAAACUAUUCGAGGCUGUCACCACAAACUUGUCAAGCUUUAGAAAAUCGAUACAAUCAAUAUGAGAAUACGGCCAUGUAUUUUGACGAAAAAUCAUUAACCUCAGGAUAUAAACACACAUGUCGAUAUGCCGACUGGCACAAUAAAAAGCUCGAAUUCAUUAUAAGAAAUAUAAUUAAGUUAAUCAAUGAUAAUGAAAAUGGAAAAAUUUAUAAUAUCCGUGUCCACCGCUCCAAUAUAAAGAGAAACUGUCCGCGGAUAUUUUGGAACUAUCAUGUCGAAAAAGUGAUCCGAGCUCGAUUUGGUAAACUCGAAAAUUUAACCGAUCGUGAUUGGAGAAGAAAAUACCUUUACAUGUUUAUAGAAUUGAACGAAUAA